AAAAACAAGGACUUUUACCCAGAAAAACCAGAGGAGCAUUAUUUCCUUCCUCGAGGCUGCAGCUCAUCUCUUCUCAUCGUGAUCAUCCCUCUGCUUCAGAACUUCCAAUUUGGGGAGAUCUGCCUGCAAGUGAGCUGAGACGUCUCACAUUUUCAACAACAAAGCAUCCUUUGGUAUCCCUACCACUCGUCCUUUUUUCCUUUUCAUCUCUUCCCUGGAUCCAGAUUCCAAACUUCAAACUGCAAGAGUUUGGGACACACUUUUUGAGAAGCAUACAAGGGAAAAGGGCAUAGUGUUGCAACUGCUUCCAAAGAGACCCUGGCUCCUGUAAAGAUGGCUGACGUGGUGCAGCCAGACACAAACAGCCUGCAGAUCCCGGGUGAGGAUUUAUCGGCCCCUUCGUCGCCUGCCACGGCGAGAAUCGACUGCAGCAUCACACCCCUCACACCCUCAGCCUCACCAAGGGUGGAGGUCAGACCCAGGAUGGCCUGCCAGUUCUCCGUCGUCGUGGCGAUCGAUUUCGGCACGACCUCCAGCGGUUAUGCUUUCAGCUUCACAAAGGAUUCAGACGCCAUUCACAUGAUGAAGCGCUGGGAGGGCGGCGACCCCGGGGUGGCCAAUCAAAAGAGCCCGACGUGUUUGCUGCUGACUCCUGAAUUGCGGUUCCACAGUUUUGGGUUCGCGGCGAGGGACUUCUACCACGACCUGGACCCAGAAGAGGCCCGGCACUGGCUCUACUUUGAUAAAUUUAAAAUGAAGAUCCACAGCACAAGUGACCUCACCAUGGAGACAGAGCUGGAUGCGGUCAACGGACGUAAGGUCAGGGCCAUCGAGGUGUUCGCUCACGCCCUGCGCUUCUUCAGGGAACAUGCUCUGAAGGAGGUGAAAGACCAGUCUUCAUCAGUGCUGGAGGGAGAGGACAUCAGAUGGGUGAUCACGGUGCCAGCGGUGUGGAGACAACCUGCCAAACAGUUCAUGAGAGAGGCCGCAUACCUGGCUGGCCUGGUGUCCCCCGACUGUCCGGAGCAGCUCCUCAUCGCUCUGGAACCGGAGGCUGCUUCCAUUUACUGCCGUAAGCUCCGCCUCCACCAGGUGCUUGACCUCAGCCUGCAGCCAAUCACGAACGGCCUCGAUUUGGACGGGUCGAGGGCCUUCGACUCCAGCUUCAGACAAGCGAGGGAGCAGCUGAGGCGAUCCAGACACAGCAGGACCUUCCUGGUGGAGAGCGGAACCGGAGAGCUGUGGUCGGAGCUGCAGACUGGCGACAGGUACAUUGUUGCAGACUGUGGAGGAGGAACAGUCGACCUGACCGUCCAUCAGAUCGAGCAGCCACAGGGAACACUCAAAGAGCUCUACAAGGCCUCAGGCGGUCCGUACGGGGCCGUCGGUGUGGACCUGGCCUUCGAGGCCAUGCUGUGCCAGAUCUUUGGGGAGGACUUCAUCCAGAGCUUCAAGGCCAAGCGUCCGGCCGCCUGGGUGGACCUCACCAUCGCAUUCGAGGCGAGGAAGCGGACGGCGGCGCCGGGCAGGGCCAACGCCCUCAACAUCUCGCUGCCCUUUUCUUUCAUAGAUUUCUACAAGAGGCACCGAGGGCAGAGUGUGGAGGCCGCGCUGAGGAGGAGCAAUAUGAACAUAGUGAAGUGGUCGUCCCAGGGGAUGCUGCGACUGACCCAGGAGGCCAUGAAUGAGCUCUUCCAGCCCACUAUUGUCAACAUUGUCAAACACAUUGAGGAGCUGAUGGUGAAGCCGGAGGUACACGGCGUGCGUUUCCUCUUCCUCGUUGGAGGUUUCGCCGAGUCGCCAAUGCUGCAGAAAGCAAUCCAGAAGGCUUUUGGGCGGAAGUGCCGCAUCAUCAUCCCCCAUGACGUUGGCCUGACCAUACUGAAGGGCGCCGUGCUCUUUGGGCUGGAUCCCACUGUGGUCCGAGUGCGUCGAUGCCCCUUGACCUACGGCGUCGGCGUGUUGAACCGGUUCGUGGAGGGCCGCCACCCUCGAGAUAAACUCCUUAUCAAGGACGGCCGCGAGUGGUGCACCGACAUCUUCGACCGCUUCGUCUGCCUUGACCAGUCGGUGGCUCUGGGCGAGGUCGUGCGGCGCAGCUACACGCCCGCUCGCCUGGGCCAACGCAAGAUCAUCAUCAACAUCUACUGCAGCGCCAUAGACGACAUCACGUACAUCUCAGACCCCGGCGUCAGGAAAUGUGGCACCAUCACUUUAGACCUACCGGAGCCGCUGCCACUGCCGGGCGCAGUGGGGGGAGCAGGGGGAGGAGGCCAGGAGAGGAGGGAGAUCAGAGCGACCAUGCAGUUUGGGGACACGGAAAUCAAAGUGACGGCCGCCGACGUCAUGUCGAACCGCUCCGUGCGGGCCUCCAUAGACUUCCUGUCUAACUGAGGAGGAGCAGGAAGUGGAGACAAGGAAGUAGCUGAUUUCAAGGAUGAUAAUUUUAGAAAAAGCGGUACUUUGGGAGUGGGCCCCGGAUAUUGUGGGAGGGCGAGGACCUUUGGAUUCGCACUAGAAACUCAUGACAUUUAGGCUUUUCAUUUAACCACUAGAGCAGAACAAACAUCAUGAACUUAACAAGAAUGAAUUUUGAACUCAACAGUGACGUGCUCUCUAAAAACCAAAAUGUCUGCCCUCUGGCCUCAGGAGAGACGAACAGGUGAGGUACUGUGAGAUUAUCCAACCUGCGUGAGAACUUCAGCCUCUGUGGACGUUUAUUAAUCAGUUACCUGGAGAAACUCAUCCGAAUGAAUAAUCUACCUGGAGUGACACUCACUCAUAUACGUAUUAAAUAAACGUUAACGUAAACUGCCUUUUCUCUCAUACACUAAAUAAUACCUCAUUUAAAUCCUAUUUCUAUACGAAAAUAUAUGAGAUUUUGAUGCCACUACCUAAGCUGCAGCUUUGUCUCUUUGGCAUAAUUGUGAUUGUGCACCACUUAGUGGUGAAAAUAUUGAAUUACAAGUUGAAAAUCUUGGAAAACAGAAAUUGUCAGAAGUCAUGAAGAAGGAAGGACGUGUCGCAAACAGGGUAUUAAAAAUAAAUAUUUAAUUUGCAAUUUCACAUGCAUGUCUGACAGGUGUGACCCUGUAUGUGUGAGGCUGAACAUACUGUACUUGGGUUGAUCUGAUCGCUCCUGGUAACCUUCCAUCGGUUGUUUAAAGAUAUUUUUAUUGUUUCAAAACCUCCAAACGAGCAUAUUAGAGCUGUGUUUUUUGAUUAUUUUUUGGUCACUGAAGGGAUCGAUCAAGCUGCAAACACAACACUGACACACUUUUUUUGUUGUUGCAGCCUUGUGCAAAAGUUAAGUGGAAAAGGGAUAAUGUAAUCGAUCCACAUUCAAUACCACACAGUGUUAAAGUGAAUAGUAUUGAAUCAUUAUUAUAAAGAAAAACUGGAAUGUCACAUUGACCUGAUCUGUCAUUUCCACAACACACGAUACCAAGCACAGGGCUCCUCCAUUAUGAAAUUCACACCCUUCCAAGUUUGACGGCCGGAUUUUGUAAUAAUAGUAAAAAUAAAGUGUAUUUUUUUUAAUUAUGAGUAACAGAGAUAGCAAAGGACAGAUGGUCCCUGUGGCUGAUCCCGAGCUCUGAUGUGCUUUUACAGCUGUGAGGUGUGUCUUUCCAAAUUAUGUCCAACCAGCUGAAUGUAGCCCCGGAGGACUCAGCUACAUUUCAAGUUUCAUUGAGUCUGAACACUUGUCAUUGUGAUAAUUCCGUUCAUCCCUUUUUUAAAUAUAAAUAAUUUUUGCAUAAAACUGCAAAAAAAUCUAUCGAAAUUCUUUGUGAAUGCAUUGUACUGUGUGAACAUCCCGAUCAUGUUUAUAAGUUUCCUCUUUAUACAGCACUCGAAUCUGAAUUAGCAGGGGUAGUAAAGAUCAGCGUUCUUAUUGCACUUAGUAAAUUCAGUUCCAGUGCAGUUAUUGGUUAAUGCAGCUGUAAGUGGAAGAACUAUAUGGAUGUUUUGGUCUGUUUCUAUUUUUCAGAUCUGAAGACAUCUGCCUGUCAAGUCUAAGACAGAAAAUGACCUCUAUAUAUUGUGUAUGCUUUAAUAAACUGUAUCCAUGGUUAUGAAUAAAGUAAAA